GGACGUCCACCUAGCCGCGCGCGCGCCUGGUUCCGGGGGGCGAGGGGGCGUCGAGGGGCAGCCCGCCGCCCUCCAGCCAGAGGCGAGGAUCGUAGGACUCUGGAUCUCCAUCGGGUCCGUUCGCUGGCAUCUCCGCAUCGGAUUCGGGGCUGAUUGUUCCUGCUUGGCUGUUAUUAUUAUUGCUGUUGUUGUUUUUUCCCCAAGGGAGAAAGCCAAAAAAAAAAAAAAAAUCCAAAAAACUGUGGGAUUUAUUUAACAUGAUCUUGGCAAACGCCUUCUGCCUCUUCUUCUUCUUAGCCGAGACCCUCCGCUCUUUGGCCAGCCCUUCCUCCCUGCAGGGCCCCGAGCUCCACGGCUGGCGCCCCCCGGUGGACUGCGUCCGGGCCAAUGAGCUGUGCGCCGCGGAGUCCAACUGCAGCUCCCGCUACCGCACGCUGCGGCAGUGCCUGGCGGGCCGCGACCGCAACACCAUGCUGGCCAACAAGGAGUGCCAGGCGGCCCUGGAGGUGCUGCAGGAGAGCCCGCUGUACGACUGUCGCUGCAAGCGGGGCAUGAAGAGGGAGCUCCAGUGCCUGCAGAUCUACUGGAGCAUUCACCUGGGGUUGACCGAGGGUGAGGAGUUUUACGAGGCCUCUCCCUACGAGCCGGUCACCUCCCGUCUCUCCGACAUUUUCAGGCUCGCCUCCAUCUUCUCAGGGACAGGGGCAGACCCGGCGGUCAGCGCCAAGAGCAACCAGUGCCUGGACGCGGCCAAGGCCUGCAACCUGAACGACAACUGCAAGAAGCUGCGCUCCUCCUACAUCUCCAUCUGCAACCGGGAGAUCUCGCCCACGGAGCGCUGCAGCCGGCGCAAGUGCCACAAGGCCCUGCGCCAGUUCUUCGACCGCGUGCCCAGCGAGUACACCUACCGCAUGCUCUUCUGCUCCUGCCAGGACCAGGCGUGCGCCGAGCGCCGCCGCCAGACCAUCCUGCCCAGCUGCUCCUACGAGGACAAGGAGAAGCCCAACUGCCUGGACCUGCGCGCCCUGUGCCGCACCGACCACCUGUGCCGGUCCCGGCUGGCCGACUUCCACGCCAACUGUCGAGCCUCCUACCGGACAGUCACCAGCUGCCCCGGAGACAAUUACCAGGCGUGUCUGGGCUCCUACGCGGGCAUGAUCGGCUUCGACAUGACACCCAACUACGUGGACUCCAGCCCCACCGGCAUCGUGGUGUCCCCCUGGUGCAGCUGUCGCGGCAGCGGGAACAUGGAGGAGGAGUGUGAGAGGUUCCUGAGGGACUUCACCGAGAACCCGUGCCUCCGGAACGCCAUCCAGGCCUUCGGCAAUGGCACAGACGUGAACAUGUCCCCGAAGGGCCCCCCGUUCCUGGCCACGCAGGCCCCUCGGGUCGAGAAGACGCCUUCCCUGCCGGAUGACCUGAGUGACAGCACCGGCCUGGGGACGAGUGUCGUCACCACGUGCACUUCUGUCCAGGAGCAGGGGCUGAAGGCCAACGGCUCCAAAGAGUUGAGCAUGUGCUUCACGGAGCUGACGACAAACAUCAUCCCAGGAAGCAACAAGGUGAUCAAACCCAACUCAGGCCUCAGCCGAGCCAGGCCAGCGGCUGCCUUGACCGCGCUCCCCCUCCUCCUGCUCACCUGGGCCUUGUAGGCCCCCACCCCGGGGAACUGUGUUCGCAAGGCUCCUGGAAGCGCCGCCGCCAAGGACUCCCGCCUGACACAGCAGACACACACAGACACACACGAGACAACCACACACACCUUGCAAAAAACAAAACGAAACAAAACAAAAGCGAGUCUCCUUCCCACCUUGUCUCUGAGCCUGUCUCCUCCCAGGUUUCUUCUCUGGAGAAGUUUUUCUAAGCCAGACAGACAAGCAGGGGGGCAGCCUCCAUCCUCAGCUGGAGUUUUCUUCUCUGGACCCUUUUGAAGCAAGAGACCAAGACCCCUGAUGCCAAGGGGACGUGUGACUGUGCCUGCUGCAGGCUGAGGCAGGGCAGCCCAUGCUGGACCCCUGCCGGGGGCUGGCGGGGGCAGCGGGCACCGGGAACCUGUGGGCGCCGUCUGCCCCUGCUCUUAGCUGCAGGAGUGUUGACGGCUUCUGUGCCCUCAGCGGGCCGGAGGGACGGGGCCUGGCAUGGGGGGACCCCUGCAGAAGGGGUGAGGUACCCUGAGCUCCCAGGGAGGCACGGAUGGCGGAGAGCCCAGCGCAGCCCGCCUGGGGCACCAGCUCCAGGGUGGAGGUGGGGGCUUCUGCCUCCUUGGUGGCGAAGAGUUUCAGGGUCAGAGAGAAACGAGGCUUUGUUGGCGCUGGGUGGGGGGGCAUGUCCCUCAGUGGAGAGGGGCAGCAGGGUGGGCGUGCAUCUCGGGCUGUUGUCUGCACGCCCCUCUCGUGCCCACGCCCCCCUCCAUCUCUGAGACCUAAGUCAGCUGUACAUACGGUCUUUCCAAACGUGUGUAUAUGCACAUCACAUCCGUGUGUCCUGUGGUUCCCCGUUCUUUCCUUUUUUUAAGAAAUGGAACUAUCGAAAUAAUAGCCCUUCCACUCCUGCCCCACCAAGAUGAGCGAAAAUGUAUUAUUGUAAAGUUUAUUUUUUUUAAUAACGUUGUCUACAAUGGGAACAGACGGCUCCCGGCCCCACCCCUCCCUCUGUGUGCCUGGCUGCUGUCAGCCCGGCUGGGGCUGGGGCUGGGGCCCCUGGUCCGCAUUCAUGCUUAAUUAAGCAAAGGCUCCAAUAAAUGUCCUG